AUGGCGUCGACCGCCGUUGCCGCGCCGCUGGGCGCGGGCCCCUCGGCGGGCCCCGACGUCCACGUCGUGGCGCACUACCUUCACGCCAACCGCCCCUGGCUGCGCCUCUACGGCCACCGCCUGCGCUCCGCGGUCGCCCCCGCAGAGCUGGCGCCGAUCCAGAGGGCUGUGCCCGACGAGCUGAUGAUCAUGAUCUUUGGCUGGCUGAGCCCCUUCGCGCUGGGGAGGGCGGGCUGCGCCUGCCGGCAGUGGCGCAUCCUGGUGGAGCACCCCGGCCUGUGGCGUCGGGCGUGCCUGGACGCCUUCCGGCCGCAGUCGCACGCGGAGGGCGGCGACGCGGUGGAGGUGCUGAGGGCGUGCUACGGCGGGUCGUGGAAGAGGAUGUUCCUGGAGCGGGAACACCUGCGGUUCGACGGGGUGCGGACCCGCCGGCGCGACGGGCGCAAGCCUGUCUCGGCUGCUUUUGCCUUUACGGGGAUGGCGGUUUACUGCUCACGGAACACAUACGUUCGGACAGGUUGCCCGGAGUGGCGCGAGCGCCGCAGUGGCCCCCCUGUCUACCUCGUGGUGUACUUUCGAUACAUCAGAUUCCUUUCUGAUGGUACCAUGUACUAUCGAACCACCCCAGAAAUCCCUGUCAAGGCUGUGCGCCGGCUGCUGAAGCCCUUGGAAUCUGCCUGGCGGGGCCAACAGGCCUCCAGGCCUGAUGUGCUGAAGGGCAAGUACCGCAUCUCAGGUGGUGUUGCAUCGUGUGUCGCUGUCUACCCGAACUCAGGGUCCACUGAAUUGAGGCUGAAGCUGAGGAUAAGGUCGACUCACAGGGGUGCCCACAAUCGCCUGGAUCCAUUGUCCAUCGUCACGACUGACCGUGAUGGCAGGCUGGAAGAGGACGAUGCUGAGGUCGACCCAGAAGAGGGGGAGGAGGCUGCGGGGAUGCGAAGGGAGCACAAGCGGGGCAUGUCAUCAUUUGUCUUCAUUCCGUGGGAAAGUGUAGAGUCAUCUCCCUUCAACGCUGCUGCAGAUUCUGUGGAUUUCUUUCUCUGUGGAUAA